GUUGGGAGAGACGCAGGCAGAGACAUGGCAGAACCAGCAGUGGUGGAACUAGCUCCUGCUCCCAAACAGCAGAACCUGUGCGGGGUCUGCUCAGGUGAAGUGAGCGACUGUAAGCCCACAGCUUGUGGUCACUCCGUCUGUGUUUCCUGUCAAGAAGACAAAACCAAAGGAUGUCCAAAGUGCCUUCAGAGUCCUGCUGUCAAACCAGCUCCUGACAAUGGGCCUAAGCAAAAUGGAACAGCUGCUGCUUCUCCUGAGAAAACCAAAGAAGAACAAAGUCAAGACCCAAAAACUGUGGAGGAAGUCAAAGGGCAGGGAGAGCUGAUGGAGUCUGAGGGUCCCAAAGCCCCGGUAGAGAGUGAGACAAAGUCAGAGCCACAGUCAGACCAGGGGACAGAACCAGAGGAAGCUAAGGAGGAGCCAUUGGGUCCCGAUGAUGUAGUAUGUGACUCCUGCAUCGAAACCCCCUGCAGGGCUUUGAAGUCCUGUCUCACCUGUAUGGUGUCCUACUGCGAGGCCCACCUCCGGCCUCACCUGGAGAACCCAAAGUUUCAGAACCACAGGUUGGUGGAGCCACUAAGGGACAUUGAGCGGCGCACCUGUGAGAGUCACAAGUGGCCCUUGGAGCUUUUCUGCUGUGCUGAUUCCUGCUGCAUCUGUCAAGACUGUUUAAAAGAAGAGCACCGAGGUCACAAGACAGCCCCUGUGGAGGAGGCCAGGAGACAGAUAGAGAAAGAGCUGAGGGAGAAACAAACACAGAUGGUAAAGAUGGUUACAGCAGGAGAUAACGCCAUCGACAAACUCCAAGACAACAGAGUUUCUAUAGAGCAAUCAGUGACAAAGGUACGAUCUGUGAUCGAGACCCAGUUCCAAGGGCUUCAAGUGAUGGUGGAGAAGGCCAAGAAGGAGGUGACGGAGAUCCUGGAGGCUGAGGAGAGCCAGGCGCUGAAGCAAGCUGAUGGCAUCCAGGUUCACCUGGAGCAGAGGUGCACAGAGCUGAAAAAAGUUCAAGCCCAAACGGAGAAACUGUCCAAAAGUAAAAAUGAUGUAGACUUCCUGCAGGAAUAUGCUGAGUGGAAGAAAGAAGCCACUGAUAAUUCUCUAUCUGGUAUCUAUGUUGGCCUGGAAGAUCGUUUGGACUCCUUCAGUCAGGUGAUCCAGGAGUCCACAAGCAACCUUUGUGACAUGCUGGUCUCAUACAUUCAGAAAGUCAAGGAAAAAUGCAACAGUGAUGAAAUAGGAAUAAAGAUAACCGUUCAAACGAAUACUGCAGCCAAGCAUGACGUAUCCAAACCUGACCCACAGACACGUGCUGAGUUCCUCCAGUAUGCCGCUCAAGUAAGUUUCGAUGCUAACACGGCCCACAAAUUCCUCCGCCUGACUGAGGAAAACACAAAGGUGACCAACACCACGCCCUGGCAGCAUCCUUAUCCCGAUGUUCCAGAACGCUUUGAGCACCAUCGGCAGGUCCUGGCUGCUGAAAGCUUCUAUGUAGGUCGCCACUACUUUGAGGCUGAUGUUAGUGGUGAAGGCACGCAUGUCGGGGUCACAUACAAGAGCAUUGACCGGAAGGGGGAUGAGAGCAGCAGCUGCAUUACAGGAAACGCAUUCUCUUGGUGUCUCCAGUGGAACGGGCGAACCUACUCAGCGUGGCACAGCGACGAGGAGACGCCACUGAACGUGGAGAAGUUCACUCGAAUUGGUGUUUAUGUUGACUUUUCCCAAGGCCUUCUUUCUUUCUAUGGAGUGGACAAUACCAUGACACUCCUUCACCAGUAUCAGGCCCAGUUUCUAGAGCCACUUUAUCCGGCUUUCUUCUUGCCCAAGAAAGAGAAUAUUGUAGUUCUGGUGGCUCCUGGGGAACCGUUACCGCUGAAAAGCCCCUCUCCCCUUACUUCACCAGAAGAUGGACCCUUUGUUGCACAAUCCUAAACAAUAAGAGCUUGAAAAACUGAAGUGUUACAUCAUUACAUCUGUAAAAGGGAAAUGUGGAAAUUUUUUGACAUGUUCAACUUGUUUGCUUAGUUGUGGCUUUGGGACUACUGUUACUGGAAAAUGUUCUGUUAUUGUUCUGCAUGGAAAUAAAAAUGUGUUUAAGUUUGUAGUAAAGUAAGUCUUUGUUUACAGAGAUCAGUUUUCCAGCUUAACUUGUUUAUAUCUAUAAACAAACAAGCUUCACAUCAUGUUCCACUAACAUGACAAACACUGGUCUGAACCAUCUCAGCUUUGCCUCUUUGACACAAUACAUCACAGCGGUUAUCAAUACCAAGUUGUAAACCUUCCUUUUAGUCCUUCUGUCACAAAUCAUUCUUAACACUUGUCCCUAUCAACACUGCUUUGCCCUUCUCAUUCAUUCAAACAUAUUCAUCUUCAGUACAAGUGCUACUUGUAGCUUCACUGUUCUACUUGUUUCUCUCUUUCUCACAUAUACCUACUCUGUCGUGCUCCAUGCUGUCUCUGAUCUUUAUUCCCAGUAUUCCUCUAUCUCUCCAAAUUUCUAUAGCUGCAUCAUCCAAAGCAUGGUGACCAACUGCAGUGCAGUUACAGAUGCACCCCUAACAUCACAAAUGAAUGUCAAAUUGAUGUCAAAGCUAUUACAUAGAUAAAAUAAAUAUUUUUCUUCUUUUGUAAAAAUGGUAUGUAAUGCAUUUUUUUUUACG